AACAAAAGCAGGAGCCGGCGGGGCUGCCGGAGUUUGCGGAGCCGGAGGAGGAGCGAGCCGCGCUGCGCCCGCCGGGCGGGGGGCUGGGGCUCGGGCUAGCCCACCCCUCGGCGGCCGCUCGGCCCGGUGGGGGCGGGGGAAAGUUUGCCUCGCCAGCCCCCUGCCUGGCGCUGCUUUCUCCCGACCCGAGCCUGUUUGCAAAGGGAUUAAGCCGCCGAUCCGCGCGCCGGAGCCCAUUCCUGCCUUGCGAGGAGCCGGACCGCGCGCCCGGGGCCAGCUCCGAUUUCUUCCGUCCAGGGGGAAGGGGGCUCAUCUUCCUCGCUUUCGGGAGUCGACACCCUUCUCCCCGGCGGCCCUCCCCCGCGCCCCGCACCCCCUCCACGCCCCCUCCCCCGCCCGCGCCCCAGCCUCCCACCACCCUGCCAAGAGGGAGGCAAAGGGAUUUUUUUCUUCGGCGCUUCUUCGCCUGCCCUGUUUAUCCUGCCAAGGAUCCGGAGACAGGCGGCCGGGUCGGAGCCCGCAGCUGCCCGGGGCCGCGCGCACGAGCCGGGGCCGGGCCGGGCGGCGCGGCGCGGACAUGGACGAGCAGCCCAGGCUGAUGCACGCCCACGCGGGGGUCGGCAUGGCCGGGCACCCCGGCCUGUCCCAGCACUUGCAGGACGGCGCCGCGGGCGCCGAGGGGGAGGGCGGCAGGAAGCAGGACAUCGGGGACAUCCUCCAGCAGAUCAUGACCAUCACGGACCAGAGUUUGGACGAGGCGCAGGCCAGAAAACACGCUUUAAACUGCCACAGAAUGAAGCCGGCCCUGUUCAAUGUGCUGUGUGAGAUCAAAGAAAAAACAGUUCUGAGCAUCCGGGGCGCCCAGGAAGAGGAGCCCACCGACCCCCAGCUGAUGCGCCUGGACAACAUGCUGCUGGCCGAGGGCGUGGCCGGCCCCGAGAAGGGUGGGGGCUCGGCGGCCGCGGCCGCGGCCGCAGCGGCUUCCGGGGGGGCCGGCUCCGACAACUCAGUGGAGCAUUCGGACUACAGAGCCAAACUGUCCCAGAUCCGACAGAUCUACCACACGGAGCUGGAGAAGUACGAGCAGGCCUGCAACGAGUUCACCACCCACGUGAUGAACCUGCUGCGCGAGCAGAGCCGGACCAGGCCCAUCUCCCCGAAGGAGAUCGAGCGCAUGGUGAGCAUCAUCCACCGCAAGUUCAGCUCCAUCCAGAUGCAGCUCAAGCAGAGCACGUGCGAGGCCGUCAUGAUCCUGCGCUCCCGGUUCCUGGACGCGCGGCGGAAGAGACGGAACUUCAACAAGCAGGCGACCGAAAUCCUGAACGAAUAUUUCUAUUCCCAUCUCAGCAACCCUUACCCCAGUGAGGAAGCCAAAGAGGAGUUAGCCAAGAAGUGCGGCAUCACCGUGUCCCAGGUAUCAAACUGGUUUGGAAAUAAGCGAAUCCGGUACAAGAAGAACAUAGGUAAAUUCCAAGAGGAAGCCAAUAUUUAUGCUGCCAAAACGGCUGUCACGGCCACCAACGUGUCCGCCCACGGGAGCCAAGCCAACUCGCCCUCCACUCCCAACUCGGCUGGUUCUUCCAGCUCUUUUAACAUGUCAAACUCUGGAGACUUGUUCAUGAGCGUGCAGUCACUCAAUGGGGAUUCUUACCAAGGGGCCCAGGUUGGAGCCAACGUGCAAUCACAGGUGGAUACCCUUCGCCAUGUUAUCAGCCAGACAGGAGGAUACAGUGACGGACUCGCGGCCAGUCAGAUGUACAGCCCGCAGGGUAUCAGUGCUAACGGAGGCUGGCAGGAUGCGACCACCCCCUCCUCAGUGACGUCCCCCACAGAAGGCCCCGGCAGCGUUCACUCCGACACCUCCAACUGACCUCCCCGCACGCGCGCCCCGGCCGCGCCCGCGCCCAGCCGGCAGGGCCGGAGGGGGGCUCCUCCCACGCUGGAGCGGUCGGACUGGAGGUCGGAGCGACCAGCAGGCACGCGUCUCCGCCCCUCUCUCCGGGGGAUGCUGCUUCAGCCAAUCUGGACACUUCUUUAUACUCCGUCCCCUUUUUUCUGGGCAGAAGCCACCCUCCCCGCCUCCAGCUGCCAGCCUGGCACCCGCCACCUCCCUGCCCUCACCCCUGCCCGCCACGCCGGCCCUGCCCUCUACACGUCACUGAAGGGUAUUUUCAACAAUUAGAGGAAUUUAAAGAGGAAAAAAACGCAAAGAAAAUAAUAAAAGUGUUUGUACGUUUUCACGCUGGUGGUUUGAGGAGCCACGUUUACCUCAUCGAGCCCUCUGUCCCAGGCAGCCCCCUCUGUCUCUCGUCACUGUCACUACCUCUCGCAGGAACUCGCCACACUGCCCUGCCCCUCGGGCCUCCCGCCCCCGGCACCGCCCUCCGGGGACCCCUCUGGUCUGCAGGCUCCCCUGCUCCCCUCCCAGCCCCCUCUUCCCUGGGGACGGCCACCGCCGGCUCCUGAAGGUGCCUGUUUCCCGGGUGCGGCUCCAGCGGCUGGAGUCCAGGCAGGAGGUGAGCGGCAGGAGAGGGCGCGACAAGACGGGCGGCAUCCCCGGCCCUCCCGGCGUCCCAGGAGCGGCUCCCGUCCCGGAGGCGCAGCCGUCGGAGGCCCGCAGCUACCGGGGCCCGUGCGGGCCGGCGCGGCGAUGGACGGACACACGGGGAGGAGGAGAGGGCCCGCCCACCGGAGCCCUGCCGCUGUCCCCGCACACACGUGCAGACGCCCACACUAGUGACCGUGGCACCAUGCCUUGCUGGCCCGAGAGGGACCUGGCCACUCCAAGGGCAGGUCACAGACAGACACGCAUGUGCCAGCGCAUCAGGCCCGCGGCCCCAGCACGUACACGCCACACCAACGUCACCCCCAGACAGGCCAGGUUUCCGGUGUCCCCUGUCCUCGCCAGCACCCUCGCAGCUGCAGGGAACCAGGCACGUGGCUGACGGCAUCUGCCACGGGUUCGGUUCUGUUCCGCGGGGGACGCGCGGCGCGGUUCACCCACGGCUCUGUGCCGCGGCGUCUUGUUCCGGAGGAGACAGUUGUGUGAGAGCCUGGCAGGGCACCCAGUUCGCUAGCUCCCCGGAGGACCUGCGAGCCGCAGGGACGGGGCGGGGCGUCCGCAGGGAGGCGCCCGGGGUGCGCUGCGUGCUCCGGGACUGUCCAGGGGCACCGGGUGCCUGCCGGAAAGCCGCUCUCCGGUGUCACCGGAGCGUGCGUUCUUCGCAGCCGGCUGUGCCAGCAGCGGAGGUGGCGACUCUGCCCUCGUGGGGAGGAGGUGGUCCAGCCUUCUCGCGUGCGUGACAGAACGAAGGGGUCUUCUCCGUAGCCAGUCUGCAUGCGGGGGGCCGGGGCGCAGCGGGUCCCUGUUCUGGCUUCAGUUCCCGUCCACACCCAACACCGUUGCCACAGGGGCAGAGAGAGGGGUCGUCGUCGUUGCUCUGUUGUUGGUUUGCUUUGGUCUGUUUGGGUUCGUAGGCUAGACGUCAGCUCCCCAAGGAGAAAUCUCGGGCCUGGCUCUCGGUUUGUGCUUCAGUCCCUCGCGUGGCCUUGUGAGUGCCGAGUGCCUGUCAUGUGGACCCUGCCUGAGAGGCCCCUUACAGGGCCACGGACAUUCCGCGUGGACGGCGGGCAGGAGCGAAAACGCUCCCGCGCGUGAGGGGGGUGCAGUUGGAGGAAAUAGGAACGGUUGACCUCCGGCAAGGCUCCUGGGCUCCGCCGCGGCGGGUCAGCACCGUCGGCAGCCCGGGCCUCUCGCGGGCGCCGGAACCGGAACAGGGCCCCCGUUGGGUUGGUGAGGGGCUGUCGCUGGACAGCCCGUGGUGACAGGGACGCCGCGCCCCCCGCCCAGGCGCGCUGCGCCUCGCAGCCGCCUGCCCUUAUGCGCAGGGCUCUCCUAGAGGAUCCAGUUUGGGGUGAGGGGUUGCUGUUCCGGGUCAGUGGAAAGAUCGGCAGAGCCCCGUUGCAGCAGCAGGUCUGUGCCCGGCAGUAGCUGCACGGAUCGUCAUUGUCACACGCGGCCUCUGUGUGCCUUCGCCACCUGUCCUUCCAUGGCCACACUGACAUCCAGCGUGGUGGCCGCGAGGUCUCUUGAGUUCAGCAAAACGGGAGAGCAGAGUCCACCAAAGGUGGGGCGGGCAGAGCCGGCCUGGGGCAGCUCCGCCCCUGGGCGCCCCUGCCAGGUCCCUCCCGCCGACCCAGACGCGACCCGGG